AUGUCGCAGUCGUACUUGCCCAAAGAUUUCCUGUGGGGAUUUGCAACAGCAAGUUACCAAAUCGAAGGCGCGCCGCAUGAGGAUGGCCGCGCCGAUUCCAUCUGGGACACCUUCUGCCGCAUCCCGGGCAAAAUUGCUGGUGGGGAAUCUGGCGAUGUGGCCUGCGAUUCCUACCACCGCACUGACGAGGACAUUGCUCUUUUGAAGGAAAUCGGCGCAAAGUCGUACCGCUUCUCUCUAUCGUGGUCGCGUAUCAUCCCUCUCGGCGGACGUGACGAUCCCGUGAACGAGAAAGGUCUGCAAUACUACAUCAAGCUGGUUGACGACCUCCGUGCCGCAGACAUUGAACCGAUGAUAACGCUUUUUCACUGGGAUCUCCCCGACAACUUGCACAAGCGAUAUGGGGGCAUGCUUAACAAAGACGAGUUCGUGAAGGAUUACGAAAAUUACGCCAGGGUGUGUUUCAAAGCCUUCGGUUCGAAGGUAAAAUAUUGGAUCACCUUCAAUGAGCCUUGGUGCAGCUCCAUUCUCGGUUAUGGCACUGGCCUUUUCGCUCCGGGGCGUUGCAGUGACCGAAGCAAGAGCGCAGAAGGCGAUAGCUCCAGGGAGCCGUGGAUCGUCGGCCACUCACUCCUCAUUGCCCAUGGUGCGGCUGUCAAGGCAUACCGUGACGACUUCAAGGCCAAGGACGGAGGCCAGAUUGGUAUCACACUCAACGGUGACUGGACUGAGCCGUGGGACCCGGAAGAUCCAAAGGAUCGCGAGGCGUGUGAUCGAAAGAUUGAGUUUGCGAUCUGCUGGUUUGGCGACCCAGUUUACUUUGGCAAGUAUCCGGACUCGAUGCGCAAGCAGCUAGGCGAUCGCUUGCCUCAAUUCACGCCGGAAGAAGCGGCUCUUGUCAAGGGUAGCAAUGACUUUUAUGGCAUGAACCACUAUUGUGCCAACUACAUUAGGCACAGGGACACUGAGCCAGAACUGGACGAUCACGCUGGCAACCUGGAUGUUCUUUACCAGAACAAGAAGGGCGAAUGGAUCGGCCCAGAGACGCAAUCCGUCUGGCUUCGGCCAAUGCCCUUGGGCUUCAGGAAGCUGAUCAAGUGGCUGAGUGACCGGUACGGCGGCCCGACCUUUUAUGUGACAGAAAACGGUACCAGUCUCAAAGGCGAAAACGAUCUGCCUCUGGACCAGCUGCUGGACGACGAGUUCCGUUGUGAGUACUUUCGGGGAUACAUUGGAGCCUUGGCCGACGCCCAUACCUUGGAUGGAGUCGACGUCAGGGGUUAUUCCGCCUGGAGUCUCAUGGACAAUUUCGAGUGGGCCGAGGGCUACACGACGCGCUUCGGCGUCACCUACGUCGAUUACAAGGGCGGGCAGAAGCGAUACCCGAAGAAGAGCGCACGCGAGAUCUCGAAAAUCUUUGAAAAGUAUAUCAAAAAGGAGUAG